GGCGCAUCGAUUUGACAAAAAUGGUCUGCUUGAACGCGCCCUGUCUAUGUGGGCUGUCAGAUUAGCUAGAGUUUAAUCCGUUGGGUUAUGAUCAGAACCCUAGUUAUACCUGGGACAGGGUUCAAUAACCACGAGGAAACGCAGGUUUGAAGGCGAUAGAUUUUAUGAAUGAGUAGCUAAUCUAAGUAAUCCAAGCCAUUUGAUGAGAUGUUUAAUAACGUUAACAUUCAAAUGGCUUGAUAGCUAGUGAUUUGUCAAUCUGAUAGACAUUUAACGUUAGUUAGCCAGCUAACAGUUAGUUAGCUAGUUUGCUCUUAACCUCUUAAAAAAGUGGAAAAUCGGAUUUUCUACAAAAUAUGAAAUAAUUUUGAUACGCGGAACAAGCAGUCCCGGUUUUGAUGGUCCACUUCAGUUUGUGACAUUUUGACACAGACUAGCUAGCUAGCUCGUUAGCAAUCGAGCAUAGCUAGCUAACUACUGUAGCUAAUUAAAUCAGUAUUGUCGGAAAUAAAGCCAGUCUCUCUUCAGUCUCAACAUAACGUCAAAACAGUGUAAGCAGCUAGCUAGAGGCUAGCUAGCUAGGUCACCGAGCUUGGUCCUGAAUCUUGAGGCAAGGCGAAACAAUCAUGUCUGGGAAAGACAAAGACAAGGAGAAAGUCGGAGAAAAACAAUCUACAACUGAGCGGCUCGUAAAAGCUGUGCCAUACCCUCCACAGCAGCGUCUGUCUAUGAAGGAGCUGUUUGAGGAUGGCAAGCCCAACCCAGAGACCCUCCGAACCCACCUGGUGAAGGAGGGCCGGCUGGAGGAGGAAGUGGCCCUCCGGAUCAUCAACGACGGAGCAAACAUUCUGCGACAGGAGAAAUGCAUGCUGGAGGUAGAGGCACCCAUCACAGUGUGUGGAGAUGUCCACGGACAGUUCUUUGACUUAAUGAAGCUGUUUGAAGUUGGUGGCUUGCCCAGCAACACACGCUAUCUCUUCCUCGGAGACUACGUAGACCGAGGCUACUUCAGUAUCGAAUGUGUGCUGUACCUCUGGUCACUCAAGAUCAAUCACCCAACCACGCUCUUCCUCCUGCGAGGGAACCACGAGUGCCGGCACCUUACAGAGUACUUCACCUUCAAACAGGAAUGUAAGAUUAAGUACUCUGAGCGCGUGUAUGAUGCCUGCAUGGAGGCCUUUGACUGCCUGCCCCUAGCUGCUCUUCUCAACCAACAGUUCCUGUGUGUACACGGUGGUCUCUCCCCAGAAAUCAACUGCCUAGACGACAUUAGGAAAUUAGACAGGUUUAAGGAGCCUCCAGCUUUCGGCCCUAUGUGUGACCUGAUCUGGGCUGACCCAGGAGAGGACUACGGCAGUGAAAAGACAGCAGAACACUUCAACCACAACUCAGUGCGAGGCUGCUCCUACUUUUUCAGUUACCCGGCUGUAUGUGACUUUUUGAUAAAUAAUAACUUGUUGUCGGUAAUAAGAGCACACGAAGCACAGGAUGCAGGGUAUCGGAUGUACAGAAAAAGCCAGACUACAGGCUUUCCUUCAUUAAUUACAAUCUUCUCAGCACCAAAUUACCUAGAUGUGUAUAACAACAAAGCUGCUGUAUUAAAGUAUGAGAACAAUGUGAUGAACAUUCGGCAGUUCAACUGCUCCCCCCACCCCUACUGGCUGCCCAACUUUAUGGACGUCUUCACCUGGUCUCUGCCAUUUGUUGGAGAGAAAGUGACAGAGAUGCUGGUGAACGUGCUGAACAUCUGCUCUGAUGAUGAACUCAUGUCGGAAGGAGACGACCUGUGUGAAGAAGACGGUGGAAUACCAGCGGUACGCAAAGAGGUGAUCCGGAAUAAGAUCCGAGCCAUUGGGAAGAUGGCCAGAGUCUUCUCUGUUCUCAGGGAGGAGAGUGAGAGUGUGCUGACACUCAAAGGACUGACCCCGACUGGAUCGCUGCCUCUAGGAGUGUUAUCAGGUGGCAAACAGACCUUGCAGACUGCUGCCGCUGAGGCCGCGGAGGCCAAAGCCAUUCAAGGCUUCUCUCCCAAAAGGAAGAUCAAGGACUUUGCAGAGGCACAGAGCCUGGACAAAGUCAACGAGAGAAUGCCCCCACGCAAGGAUGGCCAGCAGCCAGUCAACCCAAAUGCCCCCAAGAAUGGCACAGACUAGACCUGGAGAGGGACUCCCUCUCAUCCCCACCAGCCCCAGGCCAUGGCCCUGUCUCAUACACCCAAACUAUCUUUCUCUUUUAACUCUGUCUUCUAUCUUGCUCGCUCCCUCCUCAUGUUCUCUCUCUCAUCUUUCUCUGUCUCAUUGAGGAUUUGCCCCCAGUUGGCCUAUACAGUUGGACAGGCACAGAACGUGGGUAGAGAAGACGGCACAGCAUUGGGAGAAUGGUUUCAGCCACCACGCAGUAAAACCAUAUGAAUAAAACACAUUUUAUUUAUUCAAUUAAAUUAUUAGGUAUGUCAUAGCUACAAUUUUAUGAAAUUAUACAUUUCUAAGUUGUUUAAAUGUCUAAGCAUACUGACAUUCUUAUAACAAUGGUACAUGUCAGAGAAAACCGUGAAGACCAUUUUGUAAAUUUGAGUUGAUGAAUGAGGUGGUUAUUGAAGGAUACCUUAUUAUCUGUUCUUAGUCAAGUCAAGUUUUUCUAUUUGUGUUUCACAAGGGAAACGUUGAGUGUGUCUGCUCUUAUACAUUUAUUUUUAAAUUGUGUAUUAACUGGAGAGAAUUAUGAGAACUAGAUUUGAGACGCCAUUGCAGAAGAUUAUUUUAUACCUCCAGUAGUAGUCCAGUAAAAACACCAGCUGUUUUUUUUUUUUUUUUUUUUCAAAUUUCUUUGAAACCACUGAAUGCUGUUUAGAUAUUCUUUGGGUCAAUGUGUUCCUCCUGUAUUUUAAAGUUAGGGUAAACUGUUUAAUCUUUCAACCUUGAGAAACUGCCCUGGGGCGGCAGGUAGCCUAGAUAUUUAAGAUCAUUGGCCCAGUCACUGGAAGGUCACUGGUUCAAAUCCCCAAGCCGACUAGGUGAACAAUCUGUCUGUGCCCCUGAGCAAGGCACUUAAACCUAAUUGCUCCUGUAAGUUGCUCUGGAUAAGAGCAUCGGCUAAAUGACAUGUGAAUGUACAUUUUCCAAAUCAUAUGGAAAUAAUUGUAUAUGGAAGAAUUGAUUCUAGUUUGCUACCAUUAUUGAUGUGUCGUGUCAAGGGAUGGUGGUUAGUUUCUCUGGUUUUAUGUGUUCUGUAUAGUGUUGGUGUUGCUUGCAGGCUGUCACCAACCAACAUUUUUACCAGUGUGCUUAACUGUAAGCAGCUGGGGGGGAUUAUAUGAUAUAUUUAGAUAAUCUUCUGCAAAACCAAAGUCUGAUUGAAAGGGUUAUAGACAUACAGUAUGUAUUGGUACAUCUCCAAGAAGACUUGGUGGUGGCACUGCUAUUUGGUUAGCUUUUCUGGGACAUUGAGCUGAGAGUGGCCAACUGUUCUGCAGAGUGGUUUUCUGGAUGGGUAAAGAAACAUACAUACCAAUCUAAUAUCAAGGAAGAACAACCAGUGUCCUCUUCUCAAGAUGGAGGGGUAAUAUUUCCCAUGGAUCAGAUGGGGAAAAACGCUCAUAUUGUCCCAAAAUUAACUCCAUGUUAAUUUUAGAUAAGAUUUGUGUUAUAAUACUACUAAUAAUGACACUUUGAUUUUAUAUUGCUCUCUACACUACAGAAAGGAUGUUUUGGGGGUUUCUUGACUCCAUCUGUUGAUUUGAUGCAUUUGUGUUAGAUGACUCCAGUGUGAUGAACUGAAGGGAAAGCUGGGCUCCAAUCAAAUGCUUUAGUUGCUGGCAGUUUGAGGAAUGCUGUAGCCCGAAGAGUAGUAGAUUGAGUCAUUCUCAGUGAUGCUGUGAGGAUUAUUUUGGGUAUUUCCUUUCUCUUUAUCAUGUAUCCCACAGACUGACACAAUUCUCAGUAUUGGUGGUAGUGCAAAGUUGGGGGCCAACUACAGACUCUAUACAUUGAUCAUGCAGUAAAAAAAGAAGUAAUUCCUGAUGUUUCUUCUGUGUUCAUUUGAUUGAGUGUCUUGAGUAAUUUUGGUCUUGACACAUUUUUGUCUUUAUCACCUCCAUGGCAGGAAUGAGGACUGGACACUUUCGUAACACCUGCUCCGAACCCUUUAAUGAUUGACUUUAGGACUUGUGACUCGAACCGGUGCUUAGAGUUUUAGCCCUAGAUUUUUGGGGGGCUAAAACUGCUUCUGACACAUGUAGUUAUUCUAUUGUCUUCAAUCAUUCAAGAAAAGCAUUGAUUUGUUAUUCUCAUGUGAAUUUUCCCUUUUAUAAUAUAUUAUACAGCUUUAAAACAAGUUGCUUUUAAUGUGCCAUGCCACUUCCUAAACAAACAAACACCUGUGUGUGACUGGUGGGGGAGAAUGGCCUGUUCUUGUGUUCAGUGGUCAUGGAGAGAUCCUGGAGCCUGUUUCAACUCAAUGUGGGUCAGGUUCAUUGAGUUGUCACUGCCUAGAUGCUUAUUUACAGCCCCUUUUUGUUAGUAAAAUAAAACAAUCUACUGUAUUGUAGGUUCAGAAAAUGGUCAAAUGAUGCUCUUUAAAAAAAAAAAAAAAAUCCCACAUUCUCAACCGCUUAAAAUGUUGGUUUUGUGUGAAGUUAGCUAGGAUUUAGGGGGGAGUAGAGGCCCCAUAGUAGGGCUGUAUUCCUGACCUCUUGUCAGUUUAAAUAUUUCUCAGAAUGUACAGAAAUGUCAUUCAAGUGUUUAGCUGUUAAAAGGAUGAAAAUAAUCCUUUCGUCAAGUACAGUACUUGUCAUGCGAGGCCAUGAAAUCUUAAUCUAUGUAGAUGAAUCACUUGAAAAAUAAAAUGUAAAUACUAAGCGUU